CGCCGCCGCCGCCCGCGCACGGCCAGCCCGCCUCCGCCGAGCCCCGGGGGAGCCUGGACGCCAGCUCUGGACGCCUAAAGUUUUCCCCUUCUUUUUGUUGUAUUAUUAUUAAUUUUUUUGCAGGGGGGCUGGGAGGGAGGAUCGGUCGCCGCCGCCAACGUGAGAUUUUUUUUCCCCUUGAAGGAUUCAUGCUGAUGUCUGCAGAGUCGGGCAGAGAGUAAAAACAGCGCAUGCCUUCCCGGAGUCAGGAUCCGCACAUUCUGACGUAGCCCGUGCAUCUUAAAAACCCCUAUAAUAACGCCCAGGCAUUUAAGUGGCUAUGGUCAUUCUGCUCUCCAGGCAGAUGGAGAGACUACGGAUUUUCUUCCUCGUUACGGUCGGAUGGGAUGAAGACCUUGCCUGCUGAGCGCCGGGGAUCCAUCUAUAGAGAAGCAGUUAAUAGAUAAUGUUCGCCAGUAUGUCCGUGUGCGAGUGUAAAGUGGUUUCCUAGACUCGCAGUGCUUUGACCUUGAACCUCUGCCAGUGAAACAGCAGAUUACUUUUAUUUGUGCCCUGAAUAGAUUGAAGACACGGACCCCUUCCCUCUCUGCGGCUGCAGUGCGAGGGGAGUUGGAUGUACCUCGCCUAACAGCGCCUGGGUUGGCAUCUCCAUUAUUUUUAUUCUGUGCUCCAAAAGCCCAGUCGUCUGAUGGCUCCCUUAGGUGAAGUUGGGAACUAUUUUGGCGUGCAGGAUGCGGUACCGUUUGGGAAUGUGCCCGUGUUGCCGGUGGACAGCCCGGUUUUGUUAAGUGACCACCUGGGUCAGUCUGAAGCAGGGGGGCUCCCCAGGGGACCCGCAGUCACGGACUUGGAUCAUUUAAAAGGGAUUCUCAGGCGGAGGCAGCUCUACUGCAGGACUGGAUUUCACUUAGAAAUUUUCCCCAAUGGUACUAUCCAGGGAACCAGGAAAGACCACAGCCGAUUUGGCAUUCUGGAAUUUAUCAGUAUAGCAGUGGGCCUGGUCAGCAUUCGUGGCGUGGACAGUGGACUCUACCUCGGGAUGAAUGAGAAGGGCGAGCUGUAUGGAUCAGACAAACUAACCCAAGAAUGUGUAUUCAGAGAACAGUUUGAAGAAAAUUGGUAUAACACGUACUCAUCAAACCUAUAUAAACACGUGGACACCGGAAGGCGGUACUAUGUUGCGUUAAAUAAAGACGGGACUCCAAGAGAAGGGACCAGGACUAAACGGCAUCAGAAAUUCACACAUUUUUUACCUAGACCCGUGGACCCAGACAAAGUACCCGAACUAUAUAAGGAUAUUCUAAGCCAAAGUUGACAAAGACAAUUUCUUCACUUGAGCCCUUAACAAAGUAACCACUAUAAAUGGUUUCACGCGGUGGGUUCUUAUUGAUUAGCUGUGUCAUCACCUUGGCCCCACUGUUGCCAAACUUUGUCGCAUGCAUAAUGUAUGAUGGAAGCUUGGAUGAGAACACGCUGGCUGAUUUCGUUCGUUCUGCACUUAGAGGCUGGUUCUCCUGGAGGGCUGCCUGGGCCAUUGCUGGAUUUCCUGUGGAAGAAGGGGAGAGGGGCUGAGUGAGAGGGGGUGAGUGUGAGUGGGUGAGUGGCAGGGGACACCUGAGAGAGACCAGUGAGCAGGACAGCGGCCUGAUGCAUGCUGGGAACUAGACACGCUUUUACAUUUUUGAUCAGUUGUACUUCAUCCUGUAUCAGCACAGCUGCCAUCCUUCGACUCAUCAAGACUUCCGGCUGGUGGCCUGCGCCAGGGUACGCUGCAUUUUCAAAGGCAUGGAGGGUGCAGUCUCACUUAAAAGACCUUUUCAGUUAAUUCUUACUGGUAUCAUCCCAGUGAAUUUAAAGCAAAGACCUCUUAGAAAAAAUAAAAAGAAGAAAGAAAAAAAAAAGAAAAAAGAAAAAAAAGGAAAGAAAAAAGAAAAAAAAGAAAAAAGUUAAAUUUAUUUAUAGAAAUUCCAAAGGCAACAUUUUAUUUAUUUUAUAUAUUUAUUUAUUAUAUAGAGUUUAUUUUUAAUGAAAUAUGUACAGGCCAGCUAGGCAUUUUGGAAGCUUUAGGCUCUGUAUGCAUUAAGUGGCAAAGUCUGCUAUGAAUCUGUGGUAAAUUCAUGCAAGUAGGUGUGAUGGUGCAUGGGUAGGAGACAUUCUAAUGACCCUAAUGUACUAAAGGCGACAAUCUAUUUUGUGCCCGUAUCAUUGUAAACUUACGCACAUCGCUCAUGACAUUGAGUAUUUGCUCUUCAGACUGCUUGUUUCAUAGCUUAUCCCAGAGGAUUAAAGAUAAACUGGGUCUCAA